UAUUUUCAGGAGCGAGGCUGGGGUCCUUGCGGGGGUAAAAUAAGAGCCCGGAGGCUCCACCUCUUCCUUUUCAACGCGCGACUCGUGGAAUUGGUAAGGAACUCCGGGUGGGAGCAUUUACCACCAACCAUGACCGAGGAAGGCAUUACUGCUGGAGGCAUAAUGGAUGUCAACACCGCCCUUCAAGAAGUGCUGAAAACUGCACUUAUCCACGAUGGAUUAGCUCGUGGAAUUCGUGAAGCUGCCAAAGCCUUGGACAAACGUCAAGCCCAUCUUUGCGUUCUUGCAUCCAAUUGUGAUGAACCUAUGUAUGUAAAGCUGGUUGAAGCUCUCUGUGCUGAACAUCAAAUCAACCUGAUAAAGGUUGAUGAUAACAAGAAGCUUGGUGAGUGGGUAGGUCUCUGCAAGAUCGACAGAGAAGGAAAACCUCGUAAAGUUGUGGGUUGCAGUUGUGUGGUUGUUAAAGACUAUGGCAAAGAAUCUCAGGCCAAAGAUGUCAUUGAAGAAUACUUCAAGUGCAAGAAAUGAACAAAUAAAAUACAUUUGAGCUGACAAUA